AUGUCGGACCCCGCUCGGGCAACUGCAGAGGACAAUCUGGCGGGCGAACUGGCUGGCCCAGGGACCGUGCUGUCUUUUGCUUCGCCUGUGGCCGGGUUUAUCUCUGACGUAUUUCCGACAAGUGCGACUACACGCAGCCACGUUUCGUCGGAGAGCGAUUGUGAUGCUCACCGGCUGGUUGACCGGUUUCCUGCGGCUGGCUCCGCGCUGGACUACGUGGAUGACUCUGCGGAUGGGCGGGCUGUAGCCGAUGCUGCCCUUUGGGCCCGCCUCCAGAGGCUCGAGCAGGAGCGGCGGUCAUUUCCUUGGAGCUCCGCCUCUGAGCAGCAGGGCUGGAUCCGCGUGGUGCGGAAUGGCGUGGAAGAGUCCGUGGUCUCCUGGUCUGGCCGUGAUACUAUGACGGCUCUCACCAAUGCGGCGGCUCAGACUUGUGGGUCCCCUUUUGAUGCUUGGCAGGUCGAGGAGAUCGAGAUGCGGCUCCGUUCCUGUGGCACGCGUGCUUCUUUCGAAAGCACCAUUGAGGAUGCCAUGGCCGACAAUAUGUCUCGUGCUCUUCGACUUCUGCGUUCCGGUCGCUUUGGACGGCGUGUGGCCGCCUCUCGACGGCGGCGCUAA